UUUUCAAAGAAGAAGAACGGCAACUUGAUGUUUUGUGCUCCAACAGUUGUUCCAGCUAAUAGCAGUCAACAAUAGACAGAACUUUUUUUCUGUCACAUGAGUGAGGAUGCCUGGAACCAAGAUUCGUGACGAAGAUCGUAAAAAUAUUGAUGCAAAGUUUUUCUGCACCUAUUGCCAUUUCCUCCUCGUCAAUCCAAUGCAGAAAAAAUGUGGACAUCUGUUUUGUCAAUCUUGUAUUGAUAUCAUUUUUGGAAGUCCUGAUCCAAAAUGUCCUGAAGACCAAGAAAAAUUGAUCAAGAAUGAGGUUUUCCCAGAUGCUUUCACAAAGCGUGAGUUAAAUAGGAUUAAAUUACAUUGUCCCUCCAAGAAGUGCCAAUGGUCUGGCAUCUACGAAAAAUUGGAAGGUCAUUAUGAAGUUUGUGAGCAUGCGCUCAUCAGCUGUAUACAUAAAAAAUGUAACAUUCAGUUACCUCCCUCUCUUCUUUGCGAACAUUUGAGGAAUGAUUGUGAAUAUCGAAACGUGAAAUGUGAAUAUUGUGGUAAAGAUGUCCCAAAUGCUUCACUAAAGGAUCACGUGGAUAAAGUCUGUGAAAAUGCACCAGUUCCAUGUAAAUAUUGUAAGAAGAAGAUACCAAAGAAAGAUAUUGAAAACCAUGAAAAGACGACUUGUGAUGAAGUGCCAACUGAAUGUGAAUUUCAAGCCAUUGGAUGUAACUAUGACAAAACUUUAAAACGGAAGGAGAUCCGACAACAUAUGAACUACAAUUUAAUUGAUCAUAUCAGCGCCUUGUUACGAUAUGUUAUGGCAUUUGUUACACAGUUAAGUAACUAUGUACCACGUCCAGAGUUUACUACUGCUAUUCAAAACAUGGCUGACCAAGUUACUGCUGUUAGUACCAAUCUUUCAGAAAAAUUUGUGAUGUUAGUAGGUAAACUUACAGGUCUUGAAAGGAGGAUUGAGAGCAUCGAGAGUCGUGGUGGUAACGAUAGUAACCCCCUGAUGUCAUCAGACGUUUCCUCGAUGCGUGAUAGAAUCUCGACUCUCGAGCGGCAAUUACAAGAUAUUUCCUCAACUAUACUACGAUUUCGUGAGCGUUUAGAUCAAAUUGACGAAUCACUGGCGAGAAACACGGUUAAGAUUACGGACCUGGAGGCACAACGUGGUUCCCGUGUACUGGGAUCUAAUCACUCCAUACACAGCUACAAUGGCAUAUUACUGUGGAAAGUAGAUAACUUCAGCAAGAAGAGACAGGACGCCAUUAAUGGUAUCAAAACAGCCUUGUAUAGUCCACCAUUCUAUAGUUCUCGAUAUGGAUAUAAGAUGUGCGCUAAGAUCUGUAUGAAUGGUGAUGACCCUAAACAGGAAACACAUUUAUCCUUGUUCUUUGUUGUCAUGAAAGGUGAUUACGAUGCACUACAAACAUGGCCUUUCCAAAAGAAGAUCACAAUGAUGUUAAUCGAUCAAGGAAAUGGUGAUCACAUGAUUGAUGCUUUUCAUUCAGAUCCUCAAAGUUCAUCAUUUCAACGACCAAAGUCAGAUAUGAAUAUUGCCUCCGGAUCACCUUUCUUCAUGCCAUUGGAGAGUUUAAAAAAUCGUCAGUAUAUCAAAGAUGAUACUCUUUUUAUUAAGCUAAUCGUUAAUUAACAGGUCAGAAUUUUGUCUUCUCAUAUUUUAUGCAAGUUUUGGGAUGUCAAAAUUGCCAUCUAUAAUACCACCUAUAUGAAGUCUAUUUGCUUGGAAAAGUUUAAAGAAGUUUUUGCGCAUGCUGCAGCUGUUAUUCACGGUACAUGAACUACAUUUAUCCAACAGAUAUCUUAUUUGUCGUGCCGUUCAGCGAACAUGUUAUAAUUUAGAGUCUCAAUAGACCUCGAGGAAAAGUACGUCUAUAAUUACGUAAUUAGAUGAAGGAUAGAUAUUUUUUUGGUUCUCUUAAGCCCGCCGCACACUGGAAAACUUUUUGUGCGUACUUUUUAUUCGAGACAAGUUGUAUCGACAAAAGCGCACGCGCACAACUGGCAAAACAAAAUGGCUGAUUUAUUGAACAUCUAGACGAAUUGAUAAACAACAAAGAAUUCUCUAACGACGAAGAAGAAUUGCUACUGUUUUUGUUGUGACGACAAUGCUUCACACAAACAAAGGCAGCAAAUCGUGACAAAUGCUAAUGUUUAGCCAGUGUGCGGUGGGUCUUAGAUCAAGGUUGAAGAUUAAAACUUACUUGAAAAGAAUUGAUUUUUGUUUGAGGUAUUUGGGGUGUAAUAGAUCGUUUAAGAUGGUGCAUGGAUCAUUUGGGAUGCAAUGGACGAUGUUUGUUUCAGUACAUUGCUGUGCUAAUGGGGUGUAAAAUUGCAGUAUCUUGUACCUCACCGUGCUUGGUUUUACAUUCAUAAUCAAUUUCUGUACUCUGUAAGUGUAGAGAAAUUGAGAUAUUGCAAUCUAUUUUUUCAGUUGUGCUUUAUUUGACAAUGGAUCUUUCAAAAUCUUACAGCACUACUUAUCAAAGGUUUCCUUUUGUUCAAGUUUUCAAUAAGCUAUUAGCUACUGCAAGAGAUCAACUGAACAGUCUUUUGUUGAAGGACUUCAGCAAAGUUAUAAUAUACCGGAAAAAUAUUUUAAGCUCAUUUCAGCUAACGCUUUCAAAGCUCAGUGAGAUCUUUUUCAUUUUGGCUCAGAUUUUGGUCGUUUUGUGGUCGCAGAACAAUUUUCAAAGUUUGAGAAAGUCGAGAGGUGUUUUUAUCAGUGCUCACGUUAAACAAUUUUUCAUUGGCUAAUCUUGAUUUCAAACCAUUGAUGCGUAUUGUGGUAAAUAGGAUAGUGAUGUUUCCAAAUGGAAAUUGAGGAUUUUUCCAAAACUACAAUACAUAUGAUAGGUUUUUAUCAAAUGCUGGUGUUGUUUGGUUAAACGACGUUGAUAGCUACCACACGUUUCUCUUUCAUUGAAUGUUUUGUUCUUGCUUUCAAACACUAUACUAGCUAACUAUCAGGAAGAGCCUCUAUCAUCUCUGACAUGUUAGUGGACUAGAAUUGUUCGGCAGUAAUUCUGUUUUUAGGUAAUGAUGGUUUGUGUUUUGUUUAUUAUGGCUGCACCGAUCUGUUGCAUAUACUUCAUAUUGGUGGUAUUAGGCAUAUAUAUUACAUCUGUAUAUGUUUACAUAAAUUUGUUACCAAAAUUUAUACUUUACUUGAUACAAGUUACUCUUAAACCAUUAUCAUGAGCCAAGUUUGCAAACCCAACACUAGUGUGGACCUCAUCAUAACAGCCACUCAAGUAAAACUUGAAAAAUUGUUUUCUUCAAAAUAUGCAGUUAUUCCAUUAGGAAUUUCAUUACUAAAAUAUUUUUUCUUUUCGUAAAUGUAGUCGAAAGAUUGAGAGUAUAUAUCAAAAAAUUUAUCAUUACAAAAUAUCGCCAAAAUCUAUGUAAGGUUUUUUGUGUGCCCUUAUAAAUUCCACAACCUUGCAUCACUAAACAAUGCAUGUCGGAAUUCCUUCGUUUUAUAAAAAUUGUAACUUGUAUCAUUUACUGUGGGAAAGCGACGCAUCAUCAUUUAUGUCAAAUAUAAUUGCAAUAUUUAAAUGGUAUUUUUAAUGAACCGUUUGCUAAUUGUUUCUACACAUUUAAAAUAUUUCAUGAAUUGCUAUAAAUUUACUAACAUUUCUUCUUUGGUAAUUUAAUGCGCGGUUUUGUUAAUCAAAUUAAAUCUGCUAAUCUUUUCGUUUGCUUUCAUUGUGUUGCAUGACUUCACAUAAAUUUUUGUUGGCUAUCGCUUCAUAAAAAUCAUACCCGUGAAUUUAGAGAACCGGUAUUUUUUCUCAACCAGCUUUGCUAUCUUUGUCAAUAUACCAGAUUUUAAAGCAAUAGAUUUGUUGGGAAAAAAAUUUCACUGCUUAGAAAGCAAUUAUCAAAUUUUCUUAAUAUUUCAAAAUAUUUUCAACAAUAGUGUAGGUCAAUAGUAAACAGUUUCAUCAACGAUGUUCCUUCUAAACUGUAUCAUCAAGGUGCUGACUUUUCGUCAAUUAUAAAACUUAAUUUCAGUUGUUGUAAAUUAAUUUUAAUUUUGUUCUGAAUAUAUUUGAUGUUGUUAUAGAAGUCAAUUAAUAAAUAAUAAAUAAUUCUGUUUUUUUUUAUUUAAUAAAUGUUUUAUUUAAUAAAUGU